GUAGCCGGCACCAUGGCUUUCAACGUGCGCUUUGGCGGGAAAAAUUAUGACAUAAAGAACUUUUUACACGAUCAUCCCGGGGGUGUGAAUACAUUGGAAAAGUUUAAGGGGCGGUCUAUAAACGACGUUAUGAUAAAAUAUGGGCAUAGUGUCAGUGCAUAUCACAUGUUAAGUGAUUUUAAAGUUGAUGGCAAUUUAACUGGUAGUCUUAGUGAAAAUGGUAGGAUUAUUACUAAGGAGGAUAGCGGUAGGGAUGAGAAGGAGAUCGCGUUUGUAGAAGAAUUGGAGAAUAGACUGGAUUGGUCAAAACCUUUACUGUCUCAACUGUCUAAAAUAGCGCCACACUACGAGAUAUGGGUCAACAGCGCAGUGUACAGAAAAUGCAGACUCUUCUCCAGCCCUAUCCUUGAGAGCUUGACGUAUACUCCAUGGUACCUGGUACCUGCUUUUUGGGUACCGAUCAUAUUGUACCUGAUAUGCACACAGUACUUCGAAUAUGUUUUGUGUGGAGAUCAAUGUCCUGCAAAUAGACUGACUACAAUGCAGUUUCUCUGGCACAUGGCAUUGGGUUUCAUAAUUUGGACGCUUCUCGAAUAUUCUCUACACAGAUGGGUGUUCCAUUAUGACCCAGGGUCGUCCAUCAUAAUGAUACAGUUACAUUUUCUGAUACAUGGAAUGCAUCACAAGGUGCCAUUUGACGAGUUACGUCAAGUUUUCCCGCCAAUUCCUGCGUUUGUGAUCACGUGUCUCUUAUACGCGCCAGCUAGGUUACUGCUUACGUAUCCAUCGGUUAAAGUAACUGGAGUUCUAAUAGGCUACCUGGCGUACGAUAUGAUUCAUUUUUACGUUCACCAAGGCACGCCAAGGGACGGUAGUUAUCUGUACGCGAUGAAGCGAUACCACUCCAAUCACCAUUUUGUUAACCACGAUAAAGCAUUUGGAAUCAGCAGUAAAAUAUGGGAUCUGGCGUUCAACACAUUUGUUCAAGUGAAGAAAUUAGGCAUAAGUUUAAGAUGGUAGUUUGUAUUAUGAAGGCUAAUAUUAUAACAAUAAAGUUUAUUUUUUGAUAAACGAUAAAUGUAUUUUAAAGGGUUGCCAAUUGAAGUAUUUUUAGAAUUGCACUUUAUAAUAAUUAAUGUUGUUACGUAGUAUUAAUUUUGAAAUGUGGUAGGAUACGAAAAAAAUGUAUAGAAUGAGUAGAGAAAAUGUCCGAACAUGUAAAUUUUCACAUUUACUUGGCAACCCUACACUAUGUGUGAUCAAAAAAGUUGUGACCAAAAAUAUUUAUUGAGCUGAAAUAUUUUAACUUAUAAAAAUACUAGAUUUCACCCGCGGCUUCGCCCGCGUUUUCAAAAGAAAACCCAAAUAGUUCCCGU